GGGUCACCAGGCUCCGCCCCGGCCCCGGCCCGGGGGCCGCACUUUGUUCUGGACGCGCCUCCCUCCGCAUUGUGGGCCGGAGCCGGCGGCCCGAGUGCGAGCGCGAGGCCGGAGCCCCGCGGAACUUUCUCAGCGAGGAGGGGGCGCCGGCGGGCGCUGCCGGGGGAUGCGCGACAGAGCACAGCAGAGGCGGCGCGGACCCCGGGACCGGAGCGCACACGCCCCGAGUGUUGCUGGGUUUUCCUCUUGUGGCGUCGUGUUUCGGCUACACUGUGUCCUCUGCAACUCACUUACAACGGGGCAGCGCGUCUCACACAAAGAACCCUCCCAGGGCAGCCUCGCGGACCAUGAACGGGAUGGCCAAUGUGAACUCUGCCAGCCGGCCCCAUUAUGUCUCCUCCAUCCCGGUGCCACGAGCUGCCUCCCAGACCCGGAUUCACACCCCGGGCGCCUCUCCCCAGCUGCGGCCGCGCCAGGCUGGCCUGGCCCUGAGCCCACAGCGAGCGGCCUCCCCGAGACUGGGCACGGCCGCAGGCCCGCCCAGAGGCUCCUCUCCUAAGGCCUCCUGGGGCCGAGGCUCCCCCAAGGCUGCCGGGUCAGUAAGAGAGUCGGCCGAGGGUGCUGACAGCCUCUCCAGCUCCCCAUGGAGCAGUCCCAGGGCAGCCCCCAAAGCAGCCAUGUCCAGCCGGGCUGGGCCCAGAAGAGGAGGGGAUGCACAGGGCUCCCAGGGAAGGAAGAAGGUGGCCCGGGAAGGGAUUCCAGUCCGCCAGCCUCGGGGCAGGAGCCCGCCCCGGCCGAACUCUGGCUCUCAUGGAGAAACCCACAUCCCAGGGGCUCCUGAAGGUCAAAAGGCUCCUGACUGCCCCGGAAAAGAUCAGAGCGACAAAGGCCACAGAGCUUCUGGGGUGCCCAGGCUUUCGGAGCCUGAGGCAGGGGUGGCCUCAGGGACACCCUCCCCAGCCUGCAGUCCCGUGCAGAGCACACGUCCGUCCCCAGCCCAGGGGACCAUCAGCUUCUCCUCGGGCCAUCAGCAGAGCCAGCCUGUCACAGCCACGGUGGCCCCCUUCCAGUACAGGUUGCAGACAGACCAGGAGCCCGGCCCACUCCCCCAGGCCAGCUGGGCCGUGGACGGCCACUCUGGCCCCCAUGGCAGGACUGAGGACAGCUUGUCCUGCAUGGACGCGCGGAUCGUCCAUGCGCUCCUCUCAGGCAGAAUGCUGAGCAGCGGCGUCAAGAGCGCGCAGCCCGAGGGGGAGCUGAGCGGCGGCGGCGGCGAGGGCGCGGGGAGGAAGGCGGCGGACGGCAGAGGCAUGCUGCCCAAGCGCGCCAAGGCGCCCGGCGGCGGCGGCGGCGUGGCCAAGGCCAGCGCGGCCGAGCUGAAGGUCUUCAAGUCCGGCAGCGUGGACGGCCGAAUCCCCGGCGGGCCGCCCGCCUCCAACCUGCGCAAGCAGAAGUCGCUCACCAACCUGUCGUUCCUCACGGACUCCGAGAAAAAGCUGCAGCUCUAUGAGCCGGAGUGGAGCGACGACAUGGCCAAGGCGCCCAAGGGCUUGGGCAAGGGGGGGUCCAAAGGCCGCGAGGCCCCGCUGAUGUCCAAGACGCUGUCCAAGUCGGAGCACUCGCUCUUCCAGGCCAAGGGCGGCCCUGCGGGCGGCGCCAAGACCCCCCUGGCUCCGCUGGCGCCCAGCUUAGGGAAGCCGAGCCGGAUCCCGCGUGGCCCCUACGCUGAGGUCAAGCCGCUCAGCAAGGCUCCGGAGGCGGCUGUGAGCGACGACGGCAAGUCGGACGAUGAGCUCCUCUCCAGCAAGGCCAAGGCGCAGAAGGGCUCCGCGGCCGUGCCCUCCGCCAAGGGCCAGGAGGAGCGCGCCUUCCUCAAGGUGGACCCCGAGCUCGUGGUGACCGUGCUGGGAGACCUGGAGCAGCUGCUCUUCAGCCAGAUGCUGGACCCAGAGUCCCAGAGGAAAAGGACAGUGCAGAAUGUCCUGGACCUGCGACAGAACCUGGAAGAGACCAUGUCCAGCCUACGAGGGUCCCAGGUGACUCACAGCUCCCUGGAGGUGAGCUGCUAUGACAGUGACGACGCCAACCCCCGCAGCGUGUCCAGCCUCUCCAACCGCUCCUCCCCUCUGUCCUGGCGCUACGGCCAGGCCAGCCCCAGGCUGCAGGCCGGCGACGCGCCCUCCGUGGGCGGGGGCUGCCGCGCAGAGGGGCCGCCCGCCUGGUGCGCGCACGGGGAGCGCGCCCGCUACUCGCAUACCAUGCCCAUGCGCAGUCCCAGCAAGCUGGGCCACGUCUCCCGCCUGGACGCCGACGACGCGGACCUCAAGUCCGGCUACAUGAGUGACAGUGACCUUAUGGGCAAGACCAUGACGGAGGACGACGACAUCACCACCGGCUGGGAUGACAGCAGUUCCAUCAGCAGCGGGCUCAGCGAUGCCUCGGACAACCUCAGCUCGGAAGAGUUCAACGCCAGCUCCUCCCUCAACUCCCUGCCGACCACCCCCACCGCUUCCCGCAGGGACUCCACAAUAGUGCUGCGCACAGACUCAGAGAAGCGCUCACUAGCAGAGAGCGGGUUGAGCUGGUUCAGUGAAUCGGAGGAGAAGGCCCCCCAAAAGCUGGAGUACGACAGCGGGAGCCUGAAGAUGGAGCCCGGGAGUUCUAAGUGGCGGAGGGAGCGGCCUGAGAGCUGUGACGACGCAUCCAAAGUCGGAGAACUGAAAAAGCCCAUCAGCCUGGGACACCCGGGGUCCCUGAAGAAGGGCAAGAGCCCACCAGUGGCCGUCACUUCCCCCAUCACUCAUACGGCCCAGAGUGCCCUCAAAGUCGCAGGCAAACCUGAAGGCAAAGCUACGGACAAGGGCAAGCUGGCGGUGAGGAACACGGGGCUGCAGCGCUCCUCCUCCGAUGCCGGCCGGGACCGCCUGGGCGACGCCAAGAAGCCGCCCUCGGGGAUCGCCCGGCCCUCCACGUCGGGCUCUUUCGGCUACAAGAAGCCGCCUCCUGCCACGGGCACAGCCACCGUCAUGCAGACUGGGGGUUCGGCCACGCUCGGCAAGAUCCAGAAGUCCUCUGGCAUCCCCGUGAAGCCAGUGAAUGGCCGUAAGACCAGCCUAGACGUGUCUAACAGCGCAGAGCCCGGGUUCCUGGCCCCGGGAGCCCGCUCCACCAUCCAGUACCGCAGCCUGCCCCGGCCGGCCAAGUCCAGCUCCAUGAGCGUCACCGGCGGGCGGGGUGGACCGCGCCCUGUCAGCAGCAGCAUUGACCCCAGCCUGCUGGGCGCCAAGCAGGGCGGCCUCAUGCCGUCCCGACUGAAGGAGCCUUCCAAGGUGGCCAGCGGGCGCACCACGCCAGCCCCUGUCAACCAGACAGACCGGGAAAAGGAGAAGGCCAAAGCCAAGGCCGUGGGCCUGGAUGCAGACAACAUCUCCCUGAAGAGUGUCGGCUCCCCGGAGACCACACCGAAGAACCCAGCUGGCCACCCCCCGGCCACCAAGCUGGCAGAGUUGCCACCAACGCCCGUCAGGGCCGCAGCAAAGAGCUUUGUCAAGCCGCCCUCACUAGCCAGCCUGGACAAGGUCAACUCCAACAGCCUGGACCUGCCGUCGUCCAGUGACCCCCACGCUCCGAAGGGCCCGGAUCUGCACACGGCCAGCUCGGCCGCUGGGGGCCCCCUCUCUUCUUGCUUCACGCCCAGUCCGGCCCCCAUCCUCAAUAUCAAUUCAGCCAGCUUCUCCCAGGGCCUGGAGCUCAUGAGUGGGUUCAGCGUCCCAAAGGAGGCCCGCAUGUACCCCAAACUCUCAGGCCUGCACCGGAGCAUGGAGUCCCUCCAGAUGCCAAUGAGCCUGCCCAGUGCCUUCCCCAGCAGCACCCCCACCCCCACUCCACCUGCCCCACCGGCCGCGCCCUCCGAGGAAGAGACAGAAGAGCUGACCUGGAGCGGAAGCCCCCGAGCUGGGCAGCUGGACAGUAAUCAGCGGGAUCGGAACACUCUGCCCAAGAAAGGGCUCAGGUACCAGCUCCAGUCCCAGGAGGACGGCAAGGAGAGGCGCCACUCCCACACCAUCAGUGGGCUGCCCGAGUCGGACGACCAGUCAGAGCUGCCUUCGCCCCCUGCGCUCUCCAUGUCCUUGAGUGCGAAAGGCCAGCUUACCAACAUAGUGAGUCCCACUGCGGCCACCACGCCAAGAAUCACUCGCUCCAACAGCAUUCCCACCCACGAGGCGGCCUUCGAGCUGUACAGCGGCUCCCAAAUGGGGAGCACCCUGUCCCUGGCCGAGAGACCCAAGGGGAUGAUUCGGUCAGGAUCCUUCCGAGACCCCACGGACGACGUCCACGGCUCGGUGCUGUCUCUGGCGUCCAGUGCGUCGUCCACCUACUCCUCAGCUGAGGAGAGGAUGCAGUCUGAGCAAAUCCGGAAGCUUCGCAGGGAACUGGAGUCGUCGCAGGAGAAAGUGGCCACCCUGACGUCCCAGCUUUCUGCCAACGCUAAUCUCGUGGCAGCUUUCGAGCAGAGCCUGGUGAACAUGACAUCCCGCCUCCGGCAUCUAGCAGAGACGGCCGAGGAGAAGGACACUGAGCUGCUGGAUUUGCGAGAAACCAUAGACUUUCUGAAGAAAAAGAACUCUGAGGCCCAAGCAGUCAUUCAGGGAGCCCUUAAUGCCUCGGAAAGCACGUCCACAGAGCUUCGGAUCAAGAGGCAGAAUUCCUCAGACAGUAUCUCGAGUCUCCAUAGCAUCACCAGCCACUCCAGCGUGGGCAGCGGCAAGGAUGCCGAUGCGAAGAAGAAGAAGAAGAAGAGCUGGGUCUAUGAGCUUCGAAGUUCCUUCAACAAAGCCUUCAGUAUAAAAAAGGGGCCCAAGUCAGCGUCCUCGUACUCGGACAUCGAGGAGAUCGCCACCCCUGACUCCUCAGCCCCCUCAUCCCCCAAACUGCAGCACAGCUCCGCAGAGACCGCUUCGCCCUCCAUCAAGUCCUCCAACUCAUCUUCUGUGGGCGUCGAGGCCCCCGAGGCCCCUGCUCACUCGGCUCCCCACGUGAGGCUGUUCCACGCCAGUGAGGAGGACGAGCCGGAGAAGAAGGAGGUGUCCGAGCUGCGCUCCGAGCUGUGGGAGAAAGAGAUGAAGCUGACGGACAUCCGCCUAGAAGCCCUGAACUCUGCCCACCAGCUGGACCAGCUUCGGGAGACGAUGCAUAACAUGCAGUUGGAGGUGGACCUGCUGAAAGCGGAGAAUGACCGGCUGAAGGUCGCCCCAGGCCCCUCGUCGGGCCCCCCCCCAGGGCAGGUCCCUGGGUCGUCUGCUUUGUCGUCCCCUCGCCGCUCGCUGGGCCUCGCUCUCACCCACUCCUUCAGCCCGAGUCUCACAGAUACAGACCUGUCGCCCAUGGACGGCAUCAGCACCGGCGGCCCCAAGGAGGAGGUCACCCUGCGGGUGGUGGUGCGGCUGCCCCCACAGCACGUCAUCAGAGGGGACUUGAAGCAGCAGGAGUUCUUCCUGGGCUGCAGCAAGGUCAGCGGGAAAGCGGACUGGAAGACGCUGGAUGAAGCCGUUUUUCAGGUGUUCCAGGACUAUAUUUCUAAGAUGGACCCAGCGUCAACCCUGGGCCUCAGCACCGACUCCAUCCAUGGCUAUAGCCUCAGCCACGUGAGACGUGUGCUGGACGCAGAGCCCCCGGAGAUGCCUCCCUGCCGGCGAGGGGUCAAUAACGUGUCGGUCUCCCUCAAAGGUCUCAAGGAGAAGUGUGUGGACGGCCUGGUGUUCGAGACGCUGAUCCCCAAGCCCAUGAUGCAGCACUACAUCAGCCUCCUGCUCAAGCACCGGCGCCUGGUCCUCUCGGGCCCCAGCGGGACGGGGAAGACCUACCUGAGCAACCGGCUGGCGGAGUACCUGGUGGAGCGCUCUGGCCGUGAGGUCACCGAGGGCAUCGUCAGCACCUUCAACAUGCACCAGCAGUCAUGCAAGGAUCUGCAACUGUAUCUCUCCAACCUGGCGAACCAGAUAGACCGAGAGACAGGGACCGGGGACGUCCCCCUGGUGAUCCUGCUGGACGACCUGAGUGAAGCAGGCUCCAUCAGCGAGCUGGUCAACGGGGCCCUCACCUGCAAGUACCACAAAUGCCCCUACAUCAUAGGCACCACCAACCAGCCUGUGAAAAUGACACCCAAUCACGGCUUGCACUUGAGCUUCAGGAUGCUGACCUUCUCCAACAACGUGGAGCCAGCCAACGGCUUCCUGGUUCGCUACCUGAGGCGGAAGCUGGUGGAGUCGGACAGCGACGUCAACGCGAACAGGGAGGAGCUGCUGCGGGUGCUCGACUGGGUGCCCAAGCUCUGGUACCACCUGCACACCUUCCUGGAGAAGCACAGCACCUCAGACUUCCUCAUCGGCCCCUGCUUCUUCCUGUCCUGUCCCAUUGGCAUUGAGGACUUCCGGACCUGGUUCAUCGACCUGUGGAACAACUCCAUCAUCCCGUACCUGCAGGAAGGCGCCAAGGAUGGGAUCAAGGUGCACGGACAGAAAGCCGCCUGGGAGGACCCAGUGGAAUGGGUCCGGGACACUCUUCCCUGGCCGUCGGCCCAACAGGACCAGUCAAAGCUGUACCACCUGCCGCCCCCCACCGUGGGCCCUCACAGCAUUGCCUCACCCCCCGAGGACAGGACAGUCAAAGACUGCACCCCAAGUUCUCUGGACUCAGACCCUCUGAUGGCCAUGCUGCUGAAGCUUCAGGAAGCUGCCAAUUACAUCGAGUCUCCAGAUCGAGAAACCAUCCUGGACCCCAACCUCCAGGCCACACUCUGAGGGCCCAGCAGUCACUGUCACCCCGACAGCAGGACGCGGCGCCAGCUCUGUUGGCUCCUCCUCUCCCUGCUCCUCUUCCAGAGCCUGGCUCCCUGGCCCGAAGGAGACAGGAAGGAGAAGGAGGGGAGGACAAGGGCAGCUUCUUGGCGCUGUACCUCUAAGAACUUCCCAGCACAGACUGGUGGGGUGGCGUGUGGGAACUGGUGUCCCCUGGACACGCGGACGGGCCUCCUGUCAUGACUCUGGGGAGAAGACGAUCCUGGGUCUUCUUUCUUGGUUUCUUGUCUCGUUACAGACUCCUGGGCUUUCUGGGGGAGGGGUUCAGAAGACAUGCAAAGAACCUGCAGUGGGUCCUCCCUGAGACAGUCCUGACGGGGAGCCUGAGGGAGGCAGCGGGAGCUCCCGGAUUUCUCACAGAGUCUCCCCAAUCCCGGCACCACUGCCAACAACUCCUCCCCCAGAGAUCUGGCUGGAGCCCAGAAAAAGCAGCAUGUGGUUUAAAAAAUGUUUGACUCAAUCUGUAAAAGGUAAAAAAAGAAAACAAAAAAAAAGACAGAGAAGAUGAAGCUGGAGAGGGGAGCGAGGUGCCAAGACAAGGAGCGCUGCCCAUCCCUUGAUGACGCAGGGACAGCUGCCAAUCUAAGAAGUCGCCAAACCCCAAAACUAACGUCGCAGCCUUCAGAGAAAGACGGCCAGCUCGGUCUAUACCCCUAACUUAACGCACGAGCGUCAAUAAACCCCGCUUUUUAUUUUUCAGUUUUGUUUUUUGUUGCUAUUUUUUCCUCCCAUUCGCCUAUUUAUUUUCCUUUUCCUUUUUUUCUUUUUUUUCCAUCUCCUCACACGUUCACAAGAUGCUUGGGCUGCUUUUCCAGGGGCUGGUUUGGCUUGUCCAAAUGGGUUUCCUGUGGAGAAUCUGACGCCAUCCAAUUGGCACCAGCUGGGCACCUGCCGUGCCGCUACCUUUGGCAUCCGUGGGGCUUGUACGAGACAUGAAGUAUCGGUUCAGAAGUAGUGGGAGGAGAGGGACGGUGACCACCCUUUCAAGAAAGCACACAUUCCGCCUGCGAGCUCAACCGCCAGCCUCUGGCGGGAGUGGACCGCCGUGGCUUGAUGGGCGGCUGACUCUGAGCUUCACCCUGGACUAGAGGAAAACCAGGAAAUGAGAUACGUCCCUCGGUCUUGCAGCCUGUCCGGCCCCUCACGGUACAGUUCUGGUGGCAGCCCUUUGCCUGGCUCCAUCCCAGACUCCUAGCGGGCCUUUACUACUGGUUUGCGGCAAGUGGAAAUUCACUUAUAAGGGACCGGACAUCUGUGUCCCCUCAGAAUACAAGGCUCAAGGCGUGUGGUUUGGUGGCAGAGAUGUGCCUUCCGCAGGGAUCCGCCUUUUGCAGAAGCCGCUUGGGAGGUCUGGCAGUCUGUCUGCCUUCAUUCCACUGAAGAGCUCAAAAAUGACAGACUUGGGCCCUUGCGUUCACCACCUCGUAGGACAUCCCCUUGUUACCUUCAAGGUCAGCUAAGAAAUGGAGCCAAAGCCCUGGGGCCAGCUAGAGAGGCCUUUGAUUAGGCCCAGGGCCUGGGAGCAGAAAGCCUGUGAUCCGCUCGGAUGGGCCUGGAGGACUGUGGGCUCGUGCUUAUCUCGGUGGAGUCUCCUUCUGGCCGUUUCUGAAAGUCCCACAGGCCAGAUCCAGCAGCUCAGGGUGUGACAAUCUGGGCCCAAGCGUUUGCUCUUCAGGUUCCUGAUUGCACGAGACCUUGUCAGAAUCUACAGGCACACUCACCGGGCCAGCUCUCCCACCCACCUGGGGUGGAGGCGUCUGAAUCUUCAUGCGAGAAUAUUUUCAUUUAGGACCAGAACAUGGUCCCGAUUGUUCCCCAAGCAAGCUUCUGCCUUCACGUGGGGAUGACCGGGCGUUCCUGCUAUUGCUGCUGUCCAUGUCUCGUGAAGAUGCCCACAAGGUCCCCAGGCCGGCUGUAAAGUAUGGUGGGAAGAGGCCGCUGGGCCGAGGAUGGUGCUGACACCAUUGCCUUAAGGUCCCUGCUAUGUGGAAUGAGGUGGCCCCAGAGCCGCGCACUCUAACCUGGGAGGAAGGGAAGACCGGCCGGGCCUUCAGACCCAGGCGUCUCCCCAGCCCUGGCCUGAGCUCCAGCCCUGUGGCAGGGCUCAGACUUUCAAUGCCAUCUUCAUCCGGUAGUUGGCCCUUAACUCUGUAUUUUCUGGUGCUGCCCAGCCAGUGCCUUCUGUGAUGGAUGUUAUUGGCUACUUGACAAAAGGAAAGGGGAGAACCCCUUCCUCUGUUCCAACUGCCUCAGACCCCCAAAGGAAUUCUUGUCUGCCUGGUAGCCAUGGAUACCACCGUGAAUUUAUCUGGAGGCCUCUCGGUAUAACUUCUCACGUCUACGUCUGGGAUGCACCCCCUCUCCUCUCACUGGACUGCUGCAUUUAACCCAGGCCUCCCCCCUCCAGGUGCUUUCCUCCAGAAGGUGCCCAUCUAAUGAGUGGUGUUGAAGCUAAGCUUUCCCUCUGGAGCCUGGGACCCUGUUUACAGCUGUGGGGCCUGUCAUCUCACUGAGGAAUCAUGGUCAUGUGACAACGGCCGAAGGUUGAGCGUCCCCAUGGUGCUAUAACCCCUUGGGACGCGCAUCCAGACGUCUCUGAAACAGAAAACCUGAGCACCGCCCGAGAAUGAACGAACAGCAAGAGCAAAUCCACAGCAUUCUCCUACCCAUGCACCUGCUUCUGGGUGAAGACUCCUGGAACCCCUCAAAAAAAGAAAACUGGGUCCCAUAGCUAAAUUUUCCAUGCCCGGGCACGCUCCAAAGAAUCCAGCCUGAGACUGGAGCUUGUGCUCUCCCCUUCCUCUCCAGCACCCGACUCACUCCUCACCCCAAUUGGCUAGCAGAUGACGUGGUUCCACAGCCAACAGCAGCCCUGCGAGAGCCACGGCUCCCGGCGGCCCUCAUCAGGGUGCCUCUCGUUUCCGGAUGAAGAUGACCAACACGUUCUGUCCAGUGUAUCUGUUUCUUGAACCUGCCUAGGCAUUAACAAUAAAACACUAGGUCACAGAG